AUCAAUCCCCUCGAAGAACCCCUGGCCUAGACUAGAGCAGCCGCCGCUCGCCAUGGCCAAAAGCUCGACCUCCGCCUCGACCGCUUGAAGCCUUGAACCACGCCGCCAGACGCUUCGCCAGCGCGUCAGGAGUUUCGCCGAGGUCUCCCCCGUAGAUUGCCGGCCGGAGCACGGAGCCGGAGCGCCAGAAUUGACGACAAGGACGACGUCCACGACGCACGGACGCCACGCGAGUUCUUCUUCCUCUCCGGCGUCGCGUUCGUCCUCGAGCCCUCCGCCUUCGGCAACGACCCCGCGAGUUUCGGUAUAUACGAUGGUUAGGAAAGCAAGCAAGACCUCUGAUGUCCAGGUUGCACCUACCCGGGAUAGAAAAUCAAGACAGAAAGUCAAGAAGAAGGUGGAAGAUGACAAUGACGAUAAGAAGGAUGUGAAGAAGGAAAAAUCUUCUGAUGGAAAAUCAGGAGAUAAAGGCAAGAGAAAUUUGGAGGAUGGCACUGACAAGGUUUCGAAGAAGCAUAAAACUGCAGCUGAGAAAGAUUUGCCUAUGAAGAAUGACACUGGUGCAAAGAAGGAUUUAAAAAAGCAAACAUCUUCUGAUGGAAAAUCAGGAGAUAAAAGCAAGAGAAAUUCGGAGGAUGGCGCUACCAACGUUUCCAAGAAGCAUAAAGCUAAGAAACAACUCCCUCCAAAAGAGGUCGAAAGCAGCAUUUCUGAUGAGGAUUCUUCAGGUUCCAUGGAGAAGGAUGGCACUGCCAAGGUUUCGAAGAAGCAUAAAACUGCAGCUGAGAAAGAUUUGCCUAUGAAGAAUGACACUGGCACCAAGAAGGAUUUAAUAAAGCAAACAUCUUCUGAUGGAAAAUCAGGAGGUAAAGGCAAGAGAAAUUCGGUGGAUGGGACUACCAAUAUUUCCAAGAAGCGUAAAGCUAAGAGCAGCAUUUCUGAUGAGGAUCCUUCAGAUUCCAUGGAGAAGCCAAACACUCAAGCAAGUGGUAGUGAACCUAAUCAGCCAAAUACCUUUUUUGCUGCAAAGCCAAAUUCGAUCAUUGUUGGAAACUUGGCACACAACGUGAACCAAAAGCAUUUGCGGAAAUUUUUUCAGGUGGCGGGUAAAAUUGUGGGAAUUAAUUUACCUACCUUUGAUGAUGGGACAUGCGUGGGAUCCGCACAAGUUGAAUUUGCCACAAAUGAAGCUGUUCAUAAGGCAUGCAAAUUAAAUGGUCUUGAUUUGAAGGGACGGGCUGUCUCACUGAAUUUUGGUCAUGAGCGACUUACAUUUAAUCCUGACAGCUGUAUGUUCAAGAAGCCUCCUAAUUUCUCCAGCGAUACCGUCUUGAUCAAAGGAUUUGAUGCAGCCUAUGCUGUGGUACAGAUCACGAGGUUACUUAAGAAUCAUUUUUCCUCCUGUGGGGUUAUCACAAAAACAUUAAUCCCGGUGGAUACUGAAACUGGCGCAAGUAAAGGGGCUUUAUUCAUGGAAUUCCGUGACCAGCUUUCUGUAUCGAAUGCGUUGAAACUGAAUGGAUCUCGCUUUGAUGGUGGCCUCACCUUGAGUGUGGAGGAGGCAGAAGUUUUGGCAGAACCUAGAGCAAAUAACAGAAGCUUUGACGGGGGCCGUGGUGGCAGACGCGGUGGCAGGGGCCGUGGUGGCAGACAGGGUGGCAGGGGCCGUGGUGGCAGACGGGGUGGCCGUAGUUAGGCAGAGUGCUGCUACAGAUAAAGAAAACCAACGACGUCAGCUGUAGUCGUCCAGUGAUUAAUUUCUCUUCCUCCAUUAACCGAGAUUUGCAUAGUUAAAUGCUCCAGGUUUACUCAUUAACUGAAUCAGUCAUAUCUAUGUAUACUAGCUAAAUACCCGUGUGGAAUAAUAAAUAAAUUUUUAGGGUUCA